AUGGAGCCGCUGGCCGCCGCCGCCGCCAGUCAGCUGGGAGCGGGGCGCGAGUCUGGCUCCUCCUCCUCGUCCUCAGCUUCGUCCUCUUCCUCGUCCUCCCCUCACUCCAAGCAGGAGCUGCAGCCCUACGCCGGCUCCAGCCCGCUGAAGCCCAACCAGGUCGGGGAGACCUCGCUCUACGGCGUGCCCAUCGUCUCGCUGGUCAUCGACGGCCAGGAGCGCCUCUGCCUGGCGCAGAUCUCCAACACGCUGCUCAAGAACUACAGCUACAAUGAGAUCCACAACCGUCGGGUGGCGCUGGGCAUCACCUGCGUGCAGUGCACGCCGGUGCAGCUGGAGAUCCUGCGCCGAGCCGGCGCCAUGCCCAUCUCCUCGCGCCGCUGCGGCAUGAUCACCAAGCGCGAGGCCGAGCGGCUCUGCAAGUCCUUCCUGGGCGAGCACAAGCCGCCCAAGCUGCCCGAGAACUUCGCCUUCGACGUGGUGCACGAGUGCGCCUGGGGCUCGCGGGGCAGCUUCAUCCCGGCCCGCUACAACAGCUCGCGCGCCAAGUGCAUCAAGUGCAGCUACUGCAGCAUGUACUUCUCGCCCAACAAGUUCAUCUUCCACUCGCACCGCACGCCCGACGCCAAGUACACGCAGCCCGACGCCGCCAACUUCAACUCCUGGCGCCGCCACCUCAAGCUCAGCGACAAGGGCGCCACCGACGACCUCAGCCACGCCUGGGAGGACGUCAAGGCCAUGUUCAACGGCGGCACCCGCAAGCGGACCUUCUCCUUGCACGGCGGCGGGGGCGGCGGCGGCGGGGGCUCCUCCUCCUCCUCCUCGGCGGCCAAGAGCGCCCUGCACCCGCCGCCGCCCUCCCCGGCCGACCUGGCCCCGGUGCACAAGAGCCUGCGCUGCAGCGGCGGGGCCGACGAGCCUCCCGGGGCGGAGCGGCCAGGGCUGGGCAUGCCCGCCCUCGCGCACGGCCCGGCCGCGGCCGCCGUGCGCAGCUACCCGGUCAUCCCGGUGCCCAGCAAAGGGUUCGGGAUGCUGCAGAAGCUGCCGCCGCCGCUCUUCCCGCCGCCCUACGGCUUCCCCGCUGCAGCCUUCGGCUUGUGCCCCAAGAAGCAGGAGGACGCCCUGGGCGGGCCCGGCGGCGACCCCAGCAAGGCGGCCGCCCUGACGCAGGGCAUGUUCUGGGCCCCGCCGCACCCGCCGCCGCCCCAGCCGCCGCCGCCGCACCCGCCCCCGCCGCACCCGGCCCAGCAGCCCGGCGGGGCGGCCAAGGAGGGCGGCGUCUACCCCUCUUUCCCCAUGUUCUGGCCGGCCUCCGGGAGCCUCCCGGUGCCGCCCUAUCCCGCCCAGAGCCAAGCCAAAGCGGCCGCCACCGCCGUGGUGGUGGCCGCCGCCGCCGCCGCCGCUGCAGCCGCCGCCGCCGAACCGCUGGGCCUGCGCGUCCCGGCCCACGUGGACCUGGAGGGCUCGGAGCCGUCGGGCAGCGAGCGGAGCAGCGCCACCCCGCAGGAGGGCUCCGGCGCCGCCGAGGCCGAGCGCUGCCCCAGCGCCCUCGCCAGAGCCGCCGUCGGGGAGGAGGAGCGCUCGGGCGACGAGGCCCUGCUGCCGCCCCUGCCGCUGCCCAGGAAGGGCAGCUACCUCUCGGCCUUCCGCCCGGUGGUGAAGGACGCCGAGAGCAUCGCCAAACUCUACGGGACCACCCGGGAGGUUUACGCCGGGCCGCGGGGCUGCGGGGGCUACAUCUCCCCGGACUUCCUCAGCGAGGGCAGCUCCAGCUACCGCUCCCUCUCGCCCGGGAACGAGACGGCCGGAGAGCCCGACGUGGACGUGGAGUCGAACCGCUUCGCGGAGGACGAAGACGAGGAGGACGAGGCGCCGGGGGCGGACGCGCAGCAGUCCCCGCAGCCGCCCCCGCCGCCCCCGCCGCUGCUCCUGCCCGAGGCGGACGAGACUCUGGCCGCAGCCCCGGUCGGAGGAGGAGGAGGAGGAGGCCUGGCCACGGCGGAGAAGGCGGCGGAAGCGGAGGAGCGUCCCUCGGAGAGGACCGGCAGCCGGGCUGGCUACGAGGCCUAUCCUUCGGGGAGGGACGAUUGUCCGCAGGCGCUCAAAGCCGGGGUCUCCCUGGGCCCACCCAUCACGCCCUAUCCCUGCGCCCCAGACACAAACGACCCCGACCACGAAGACGUGCCCUCGGCCGAAGAGGAGCUGGAGAGCAAGAAACGCUCCCCGAAGCAGAGCAACGUCUCGCAGCCCAGCCCGACUCAGGCCGAGAGAGGGGAGGAAGUGACCAUCCUCGACGUCACUGGGACUCCGUUGGGCGAGAAGGACCUCGGCGCUCUGGCGAGAGACGAGCUGCACAGACUCCUCCUGGAGCAGAUGGAUCUCAGGAAGAAAUUGGAAAGAGAAUUCCAAAGUCUCAAAGAUAACUUCCAGGACCAGAUGAAGCGCGAGCUGGCCUACCGGGAGGAGAUGGUGCAGCAGCUGCAGAUCGUGCGGGAUACCCUGUGCAACGAGCUGGACCAGGAACGGAAGGCCCGCUAUGCCAUUCAGCAGAAGCUCAAAGAGGCCCACGAUGCGCUGCACCAUUUUUCCUGCAAGAUGCUGACUCCUCGCCACUGCGCGGGCAACUGCUCCUUCAAGCCGCCCUUGUUGCCCCAGUGA